UCACGGACUCCCUGACUCCCACAAAGGCCUGGCUUUAAUUGCCCAUGACAUGCUAAUCUGCCGGACUGACUCAAACACUCCUUUAUCUGUGUCUCUCUCACUUCCCUCCUCCUUUCACUCACAGCUUCCCGAUCUCCACCAUUUCUGUGAGCCGUUUACACUGACCCAGCCUGUGAGGGGACUUCCUGGCCUGUAGGAGCUCCUUUUCCAAGACAGAAGAAGCCCUGUUUAACCUUGUCCCCACUGGUAAUUCUGUGCAUUUCUAGAAAGAGCAGCUAGAAGAAAUGAAACUUUCCUCCUGCUUGUGCAAGUGUUUUUAUUUGAGCUUCCUCCUUACAGCUCUUCUGCAAGAGUCAGAAAGCCUGAAUUCAGACAAUCCUGAAUGCAGUCAAGGGGAAGGUGAUCCUCCAUGUUUGAGUUCUCUGGUGGCUAUGCCUCUUCCUUUGCUGGAAAAAGGAUGUGAUGGACUAGGAAGCUGCAGACUCCAUAUCCUCAUGCCUGAAGAGCCAGUCAUACCUGAGGAAAUUCAAGAUGUUCCAACUGGAGAACAGCAGAUGGAGUUCAAGCAGGUGAUGAAACAUGCUGGAGAUCCCAACAAACAGGGAUCAUCUAAGGCUAGGACUUUGAUGGAUCGUCUUAGUUUGGUGGAAACCAAAGUGCUGUCCAUGGCAUCGAGCCUGCAGAAGUUGCAAGAGGAGAGCAGACUCAAUCUGAAUCGCCUAGAAGAGCAACUCAACUCUUUGGUGGCUUUGUUGCUGGGAAUCCUGUCUGGCUGCAAAUUGCCUUGCAGUGAAUCAGUCCUGAAGUCAUCCAUUUUAGAUUUAGGGAAAGAACACAAGGCUGAAGAGACAACGGCACUUUUGGUAGAACCCUCAGCAAAAUCUGAACACACAUAUCCUCGAGAUUGUGCUGAGAUCCGCAAGCAGGGUAUCCAAGACAAUGGGAUUUACACCAUCCAGCCCAUUCCUCUUCGACAACCUUUUGAGGCAUACUGUGACAUGGUGACUGAUGGUGGUGGCUGGACCAUGAUCCAGCGUCGAAUGGAUGGCACUGUGGACUUCAACCACACCUGGCAGGAGUACAAGAAAGGAUUUGGCAGCUUACAAGGGGAGCACUGGUUGGGCAAUGAACAUCUCCACAGUUUAACCCGCCUGGGCCAACAUGUCCUGCGUAUAGAACUGGAGGACUGGCAUGGUGUCAAGCGACAUGCCAUUUACCGCAAAUUCAAAGUGGCUAGUGAGGCCAACAGGUAUCGUCUGACAGCUCGGGAAUACCAAGGCAACGCAGGCAAUGCUCUGAGCUACAGCCGCAACUACAACCAUGAUCACAAAUGCUUCACAACAUGGGACAUUGACAAUGACAACUACUCCAUGGGCAACUGUGGUACAUAUUAUGGGGCUGGCUGGUGGUUUGACUCAUGCCUGGCUGCCAACCUUAAUGGGAAGUACUACCAUGGACGUUACAGUGGGGUGACCAAUGGCAUCUACUGGGGAACGUGGUAUAUCUUGAUUGAUAAAAGAACCAAUCAGAAGUAUUCCUUCAAAAAAGUGGAAAUGAAAACUAGGCCUGUUAACUUUUAAGAGAAGCAUGCAACCAAAGAAGGUGACCUUCAAAAAGCUUUAAAGUGCUGUGCUGAGCAAAAGAUACAACAGGGUGCAUCAGCAAUCUAGAGCUUAGGGCCACACUGACCCACAUCUCACCUUCCUUAAUUGUCUGGAGCUGAAAACCAAUUGAAACAUUUGGGGUUUAAAUGCUUUGACACCCGAGUGCUUACCUUUCCCUGAAGGCCAAAGAUCAUGUGCCAACUUGCCUUUGUAUGGGACUCAUCUCAUGAAAUAGUAAAAUACUGUAAGCAGAGGUGCUAAAUACAAAAGCAAAAUGAGGAGGAGCUAGGUGGAGGUAAGGUAAGAGAGCUGCCUUAAAACAAAUCUGGGCAUUCUUUGCUCUUUUUGAAGGUAGCAAUAAGAUAUCCAGUUAGCAUUAUAAAAGGUCAAUUCACAGUGAACCUCAGACAUUGGAAAAGCACUAAGCGUAACUAGGACAUGGGAAAACAACAAAGAAGCAAAGUAAAAGCAAAAGUGUGCUCUGAUUCUUUUUGCAAAGUGACAAAUUUCAUGUGGGCUGUAGUACUCUUAAGAGUUGCAUGGUGCAACCCAAACAAUUGUGCAACAUGACCCAAACUCUAGUUACUGUCUCUAUACUUCUAAACAGUUAUUCUUGUGUUUCAUUUCACAUUUAAGAUGUUUUGCAACAUUGAUGUAUGGACCUAAAAUUCAAAUAGUGCACAAUCGUGUAUUUACCUAAUACAAUGGACACUCAGAAGCAAAAUUACAUGGGCUUCUGUGUGCUACAAGUACUUUAAGGUUAAAGUUCCUUUUAACGUAUUUAUAUUUAAGCAUUUGGCAGUUGUGACCCAUUUUUUGUAUUACUUGGUAUUCUAUCUAUGAGUUUAAGAGCAAGGGUUUUGUUGUAAACUCAUCUGUAAUCUUAAUUAAAGCUAUUAUUGCAUUUUUAGCAUAGGAAGCUUGUUUUAUAUGGAGAGCAGCACAAAUAGCCUAUUUCUAUAUGGAUCAGUCUGGUGCUUACAUAUGAAAGUUGUCUUAACUCUGUUACCAGCUAAUAGAAUACUGUCUUCCUGUGUAACAAUGAGGGCUCUAAAUACCCUUAAGGCAUGACAUGCAAUCUGAUCUUAGAAGCUUAAGCAGGAUAAACUCUGGUGAAUACUUGGAUGAGAAACCACCAACAAAUACCAGGUGCUGUAGGUUGUCUACCAGGUCAUCUGUAAGUUCAAACAAAGGCAUUGGCAAUAUCAAAUCUAAGUAUUUUUUACCGAAGAAAACUCUGAAAUGCAUAGAGCACCAUAAAUUAACAUGUCACACACACACACGACCUGUGGUGUACAAGCAGAUUCUCAUUUUCUGACACAGGAUACACUGAAGGGCAUCUAGUUAAAUUCUUGCCAAGAUAAAGAUAAAUUAUUGCCUCUAGAACAUGGCCAUAUAGCCCGAAAAAACCCACAAGAACUAAAGAUAAAUUCUUGCCAACACUCUAGAGCAGUGUUUCUCAACCUUCCCAAUGCCAUAACCCCUUAAUACAGUUCCUCAUGUUAUGAUCACCAACCAUGAAAUUAUUUUCAUUGCUACUUCAUAACUGUAAUUUUGCUACUGCUAUAAAUCGUGAUGUAAAUAUCCGAAAUGCAGGAUGUAUUUUCAUUCACUGGACCAAAUUUGGCACAAAUACCCAAUACGCCCACAUUUAAAUACUGGUAGGGUUGGGGGAGCUUACUGAUUUUGUUAUCUGGGAGUUGUAGUUGCUGGGAUUUAUAGUUCACCAACAAUCAAAGAGCCUUCUGAACUCCAUGAACGAUGGAAUUGAACCAAACUUGGCAAACAGAACUCCCAUGACGAACAGAAAAUACUGGAAUGGUUUGGUGGGCAUUGACCUUGAGUUUUGGAGAUGUAGUUCACCUACAUCCAAAGAGCAUUGUGGACUCAAACAAUGAUGGCUCUGGACCAAACUUGGCAUGAACACUCAAUAUAUCCAAAUGUGAACACUGGUGGUUUGGGGGAAAUAGACCUUGACAUUUGGGAGUUGUUGUUGCUGGGAUUUAUAGUUCACGUACAAUCAAAGAGCAUUCUGAACACCACGAACGAUAGAAUUGGGCCAAACUUCCCCCACAGAACCCGCUGCCUUGAAGGGACUCGAAGCAUGAGCCUCCCUCCAGCCUUGAAUGCUCUCCCUUGCCCACACAUGCGCACCAUGCUGCCAUGCACCUAGCCCGCCUGCUCUCUCCUCUCCGCUUGAAGACUCAGAAACAACCCUCCCCUUGGCUGAGAGGCCAGCCAAUCACAGAGGAGGAGGGCUUUUGGUGGGAGGAUUUAACAUCUGUUUCCAAAAAGGAAGAGAAAGACAGGUGGAGAUACCUUCUGCCUUCUCUGUCAAAGGGAUUCCUAAGACCAUCAGCAAUAUAUGCUUUCUGAUGGUCUUUGAUGACCCCGCUGAAACCCCCUCGUGAACUCUCCCCCAAGGGUCCUGACUCCUAAGUUGAGAAAAGCAGCGCUAGAGGGAAUUACUAGUUUAGGAUUUGAACGCAUUAAAAAUGGGAAGGAUGUUCCCCACUUCUCACCCAUGACUGUGUAGCUAUGUUGUAUGGAGCACAAAAGAGGGGUAAGAAG